CGCACGGAAGCUUUACAGUGUAACACACUGAAGGACGCAUGUUGCAGCGACUUCCGACGCCGUGUAUCAACCUGUGCAGUCAGUGGUAUCAACACAGACACUGUGAUCAUGUUUUAAUGUAUUUACAGUUGAAUAGCCAUGGGGGUGCUGGAAACAGAGUUUGGUGACAUGACUCCUCAGGAGUUGGCGGCUCCUGUCAGCACUGUAGCGGAAAAAUGGAAGCUGCUGCCAGCUUUCCUGAAGGUGAAAGGUCUGGUGAAGCAGCACAUCGACUCCUUCAACUACUUCAUCAAUGUGGAGAUAAAGAAAAUAAUGAAAGCAAAUGAGAAAAUCACAAGUGAUGCUGAUCCAAUGUGGUACCUCAAAUACCUCAAUAUCUACGUUGGCAUGCCUGAUGUGGAAGAAAGCUUCAACGUAACUAGACCAGUAUCUCCUCAUGAGUGUCGACUCAGAGACAUGACCUACUCGGCGCCCAUCACAGUGGACAUAGAGUACACUCGCGGUAGUCAGAGAAUCAUCCGCAAUGCACUGCCCAUUGGAAGGAUGCCCAUCAUGCUGCGAAGCUCAAACUGUGUUCUCACAGGAAAGACACCUAUGGAGUUUUCAAAACUCAAUGAAUGUCCUCUGGAUCCAGGUGGUUAUUUCAUUGUGAAAGGUCAAGAGAAAGUCAUUCUGAUCCAAGAGCAGCUGUCCAAGAAUCGAAUCAUUGUAGAGCAGGACAGGAAGGGUGCCGUGGGAGCCUCAGUGACCAGCUCCACUCAUGAGAAGAAAAGUAGAACUAAUAUGAUUGUCAAACAAGGCCGCUUCUACCUGAGACACAACACUCUGUCAGAGGAUGCUCCCAUUGCCAUCAUAUUCAAGGGUAUGGGUGUAGAGAGCGACCAGGAGAUAGUGCAGAUGAUCGGCACAGAGGAGCACGUCAUGGCCAGCUUCGCCCCGAGCCUGGAGGAGUGUCAGAAAGCCCAGAUCUUCACACAGACCCAGGCUCUGCGCUACCUCGGGAAUAAAGUGCGGAGACAGCGUAUGUGGGGAGGCCCCAAGAAGACCAAGAUGGAGGAGGCCAGGGAGCUGUUGGCAUCUCUUAUCCUCACACAUGUGCCUGUCAAAGAGUUUAACUUUCGAGCUAAGUGUAUUUACCUGGCUGUGAUGGUGAGAAGAGUGAUCUUAGCUCAGGGAGGCAACAAGGUGGAUGACAGAGAUUAUUAUGGCAACAAACGUCUUGAGCUGGCCGGACAGCUACUGUCUCUGCUGUUUGAAGAUCUUUUCAAGAAGUUUAACUCUGAACUGAAGAAAAUUGCAGACCAGAUCAUCCCUAAGCAGAGAGCAGCUCAGUUUGACGUGGUCAAGCACAUGCGGCAGGAUCAGAUCACCAACGGCAUGGUCAAUGCCAUAUCCACGGGCAACUGGUCUCUGAAGAGAUUCAAGAUGGACCGUCAGGGCGUCACCCAGGUCUUGUCUCGUCUCUCCUAUAUUUCAGCCCUUGGCAUGAUGACCAGGAUCUCCUCCCAGUUUGAGAAGACGAGGAAGGUCAGCGGACCGCGCUCCCUUCAGCCAUCCCAGUGGGGCAUGCUGUGUCCGUCUGACACUCCUGAGGGGGAGGCUUGUGGUCUGGUGAAGAACUUGGCUCUGAUGACCCACAUCACCACCGACAUGGAGGAUGGUCCAAUCGUCAAACUGGCCUUCAACCUUGGCGUUGAAGACGUCAACCUGCUGUGUGGAGAGGAGCUCUCCUACCCGAGCGUCUUCCUCGUCUUCCUCAAUGGUAAUAUUCUCGGUGUGAUUCGAGAUCAUCAUAAGCUGGUCAACACCUUCAGGUUGAUGCGUAGGGCGGGAUUCAUCAACGAAUUUGUGUCCAUCUCCACCAACCUGACUGACCGCUGCGUCUACAUCUCAUCUGAUGGAGGACGUCUCUGCAGGCCGUACAUCAUAGUGAAGAAAGGACAGCCGAUGGUGAAAAAGAGACACAUCGAGGAUCUGUCACAGGGCUACAGAACCUUUGAGGAUUUCCUGCAUGAGGGCCUGGUGGAGUACCUGGAUGUCAAUGAGGAGAAUGACUGUCAGAUCGCUCUUUAUGAACACAUGGUUAACAAAGACACCACACACUUGGAGAUUGAGCCCUUCACGCUGCUCGGGGUGUGUGCCGGCCUCAUUCCCUACCCUCACCACAACCAGUCACCCAGAAACACAUACCAAUGUGCUAUGGGCAAGCAGGCCAUGGGUACUAUCGGCUACAACCAGAGGAACCGUAUUGACACUCUGAUGUACCUGCUGGCGUAUCCUCAGAGGCCCAUGGUCAAAACAAAAACCAUCGAGCUGAUCGACUUUGAGAAACUGCCUGCUGGUCAGAAUGCCACUGUGGCCGUGAUGAGCUAUAGUGGCUAUGACAUUGAGGACGCCCUGGUCCUCAACAAAGCUUCACUAGACAGAGGAUUUGGUCGGUGCCUUGUCUAUAAAAACACCAAGUGCAUACUGCGGCGUUACACCAACCAGACCUUUGACAAAGUGAUGGGGCCCAUGCUGGAUGCUGCCACAAGAAAGCCCGUCUGGAAGCACAGCAUCCUGGAUGCUGAUGGCAUUUGCUCCCCUGGUGAGAAAGUGGAAAACAAGCAGGUGUUGGUGAACAAGUCCAUGCCAACUGUCACCCAGACACCACUGGAGGGCAGUGCCCAGCCAGGCCAGCCCCAGUACAGGGACGUGCCCAUCUCUUACAAGGGUUCAACAGACUCCUACAUUGAGAAGGUCAUGAUCUCGUCCAAUGCUGAAGAUGCUUUCCUCAUCAAGAUCCUCCUGAGGCAGACCAGGCGACCAGAGAUCGGAGACAAGUUCAGCAGUCGUCACGGGCAGAAAGGUGUUUGCGGUCUCAUCGUCCAACAAGAGGACAUGCCGUUCUGCGAUUCAGGCAUCUGUCCAGAUAUUAUCAUGAACCCUCAUGGAUAUCCCUCCAGAAUGACGGUGGGGAAACUGAUUGAACUGCUGGCUGGGAAGGCGGGAGUCCUGGAUGGACGGUUUCACUACGGUACAGCCUUUGGAGGCAGCAAAGUGAAGGAUGUGUGUGAGGAUCUCAUCCGUUACGGAUACAACUACCAGGGCAAAGACUACGUCACCUCAGGAAUCACAGGGGAACCACUGGAGGCUUACAUCUACUUUGGACCAGUGUAUUAUCAGAAGCUGAAACAUAUGGUCCUCGACAAAAUGCAUGCCAGAGCCCGAGGCCCCAGAGCUGUUCUCACAAGGCAGCCUACAGAGGGUCGCUCCAGAGACGGAGGUCUGCGUCUGGGCGAGAUGGAGCGCGACUGUCUGAUCGGCUAUGGAGCAAGCAUGUUACUGCUGGAGCGCCUCAUGAUCUCCAGUGACGCUUUUGAGGUGGACGUGUGCGGACAGUGCGGCCUGCUGGGAUACUCUGGGUGGUGUCACUACUGUAAGUCGUCCUGCCACGUCUCCUCCCUGCGGAUCCCGUACGCUUGCAAGCUGCUGUUCCAGGAGCUGCAGUCUAUGAACAUCAUCCCCCGACUCAAACUGUCACGUUACAAUGAGUGACCAGGACGUGGACAGAAAUACAGCAUGUGUGAGUGACAGGAUUAGAUUCAGAGAUUGAAUUUAGUCUGAAACAGGUUGAUUUGUGAAAGAUUUUGAAUGAGCAGAAAGAAACAGACUGAAGAUUUUUGUUGUUACCCAAACCAUUGUCUGCCCUGUUUCUCAUUUAUGUUGAUACACUCACAGUUAUGCUCUUUGUAUGUGUACAUAAUAAACACAAAGAUUAUUUUGCAGGCAGCUGCUGUGUCCUGUACAGUUUGAUUACUUUUAACUCGGCGCUUCCUUUUGUGAACAAAUACUGAAGUACAUGUACUCUCAAAUCAAAAUACAUUUGAUUAAGCAUGAAUAAUAACCUGAGGAAAAAACAGCAGCAGUCUGUGAACAGUGAGCACCUUUUCUCUUUUGCUUCAUAAAAAGCCAAGGCCACUGCUUUUUCUUGUUUUUGUGGACUGUAUUCUUUAUGUUUGCUAAAAGUGUUAAAAUAAAGUGUUAAAAUCA